AUGACGACAGCCAUAGAUGUCUCUCGCCACCUUCAUUGUCCCGUCUGUAAAAACCUGUUAGCAGAUCCGGUCUCAACCAGCUGUGGACACACCUUCUGCAAGCGUUGUCUGGACCAGCACAUAAGCAUGUCCGAGCCACACUGCCCAAUUUGCCAGGAGCCUGUGUCCACCAAGCCAUCCGUGAAUGCAGCGCUUGACGCCCUCCUGCGGGAAUUUCACCAGAUGCAGUUACCCGACCUGAGCCUCUUUUGCGGAGAAAGAGGCGCGGUUCCGUGUGACGUAUGUGACGAGUACCUCACGUUCAAAGCUGUGAAGUCCUGCUUGAACUGUCUUCUCUCGUACUGCGAUCGACACCUGAAGCAGCACCAGUCUAUGGUGAGAUUCAAGGGCCAUAAACUGGUGAAUCCCUUGGAGAAGUUGGAUCAGAGAGCAUGCAAUGCGCACGGCAGGCCUCUGGAACUCUACUGCAGACGGGACGAGCGCUGCAUCUGCGCCUUAUGUGUGAAGUUGGGUGGAGAUGUGAUACCUGUGGAGACAGAGAGAGAAAGGAGACAGGAUAAGCAGCAAAACACUAUUAAAGAGCUGGAAAGGAUGAUCAAUCGGAGGGAAAACAAACUCGAGGAGCUUAAGGAAUCAGCCACAAAAUACCAGGCUCUGAUAGAGAGAGAGCAGCAGGAGAUAAAGGAGGUCAUUGCUGCAGUGAUGGAGGCUAUGAAGAGCUCAGAGCAGGUGCUGCUGGCUCCUCUGGAGGACGGAAGAAGGUGUCUGGAGAAGGAAAUGGAAGAGAAGACACAACAAAUCCAAAAAGACAUUCUCAAGUAUAAGGAGACCAUCGAAUCUUUGAAUCGCACUAUGAAUGAGGAAGAUGACAUCUUCUUCCUCCAGUCUUAUCCGUCUGUGCCAACUGAGUUCAAAGAUGACUGGAUGGUGUCCCUUGACACUGAGUUAAACUUUGGCACAAUGAGAAAUCUAAGGGCAGUCUUACUGGCUGAGAUUGAGACUCACUUGGAGAAACUUUCCACUGUUGAAAUUAGAAGAAUUCACAGCUUUUCAGUGGACGUGACUCUGGACGCAGAAACGGCACAUCCACAUUUAGAGGUGUCUAGAGACGGCAAAGCAGUGAGAGACACUGGAGAAAGCCACGACAUCCCAGGCAGCCCACAACAGUUUGACUUGGUCGGAGGAGUCCUAGGAAAGACUCGCAUCACGUCGGGAAGAGCUUUCUGGGUCGUGGAGGUGGGAAAGAAGGUGGGCUGGGAACUGGGGGUGAUGAGAGAAGGUGCGAACAGGAAAGGGAAAGUCUCCUAUAAACCCAGCGAGGGUUACUGGGCCAUUGUGCUCUGUGGUCAGAACAUGUAUGGAGCUUUUGAAGACCCUCCAGUCCUGCUGCAUCUCAACACCAAACCCCAGAAGCUGGGAGUGUUUGUGGACUGUGAGGAGGCUCUGGUCUCCUUCUAUGAUAUGGUGGCUCUGACACAUAUUUACACAUUUACUAAGUGCAGCUUUCAUGGCACUAUCCGUCCUUAUUUUAAUCCUCAUCCCAACAAAGACGGGAACAACUCAAGUCCAUUGGUCAUUUGUGCUGUCAAUCAAAACUGACUGAAUAAGAAAGGGCAAAUCUUGGUUUUGAAGCAAAGCAGGAUCAGAAUGUUUAUUUAUAUAUAUAUAAUAAUGUUUAUUUCAUUGACACUGAUAUUGCUAGUAUGGUACCUUGAAUGAUUUACAGAAUCAAUCAAUCAAUCAAUCUAUCUAUCUAUCUAUCUAUCUAUCUAUCUAUCUAUCUAUCUAUCUAUCUAUCUAUCUAUCUAUCUAUCUAUCUAUCUAUCUAUCAUGUCUGUCGAAUGUAAUAGGUACUACUUUUAAAUGGCAGUUAAACUUGCUUAUUGACCUUGUGGGGACCUUGGGGAAAACAUGUUGUGAUUGUUUUGUUUUUUGUUUUGUUUUUUGAAAAUGAAAAAAAUGCAUAAAGUUUUCUGUGAGGGUUGUGUUUAGGGGUUAGGGUUAGUUGAUAGAAUAUACAGUCUGUAUAGUAUAAAAAUCAUUUUGUCUAUGGAAAGUCACCAUGAAACAUGGAAACCCAACAUAAAUAAAUCAUACUAAAUGAUGUUUUGAAAAUAUAAAAACACAGUAUAAAAAAUAUUCUUUCUAUGGUGAGUCAAAUAAA